UCCGCCUCCUUCUUCUUCUACAGUUUAUUGGUGACUUACAUUUCCCACUUCUUCUUCUCCUUGUCCUUUACGUCCGGAUCACAGAAGGGUGUGGUGCAGGUUUCUCCUCAGCGGAAACUCCACUAAAUAGAGGACAGAGGUUAAAACUCUUUUCAGGAUCACAUCUCACGUUCCAGGGAGAUGGUCAGCAGCCCAAGUCCAGUCCGAGGAGGCGUUCAGUGACCUCAGAAGUUGAUCCAAAAUGAGGCGCUCCACAACAAAGCCACCACCUCAGGUUUCCAUAUGGACCAUCGAAGAUGUCCACCAAUGGCUGACGACAGAGGUCAAAGUUCAUGAGGCUUGCGCAGACAAAUUCAAAGAAGCAGAAGUGUCGGGAGAGAGUUUAGUUGAAUUUAAAAAGACAGACAUAUUGGACUUGGAAAUAAAACACGGUCCUGCUGUCAAAAUCACAUGUUACCUAGAAAAGCUUAAAGAAGGGUCACAGUUUGAGUCAGAGUAUCCAGCAUAUGUGGGAAACUGGACAAAGCAGCAGGUGAACCAGUGGUUGCUGCAGCAUGUGAAGGUAUAUGGCAAAUAUGGACAGAGGCUCCUAGACGAGGAUGUGUCAGGCAAUUGCCUCGUUUGCUUCAAGAAGCAGGAUUUGUUGGAUCUGGAUGUGAAAUCUGGUCCAGCUGUAAAGAUUAUGGCAGAGCUCCGUAGCCUGAACAAGAAGCCAGAACCCACGCUACAACCCAUCCCUCACACCAGCACAGACCAAACAGAAGCUUCAAAAUCCUUUCAACCUGAACUGAGUCUGGCUCAGGCCACCACAACCAAACAACCAGAAUCAAAAAAUCAAGGAAUGGGAGAACAUGAAUCUGGAAAGGCUCAGCUCACAUCUGGCAGCGUUUCAGCGAGGAAGGAAAAUCAGCAGCCACCACCAGAGAACGUGGGGGUCGAGAGGAAAGAAAAGCUUACUGUAGUCGAACCAGACAUAUCCAUGAUCACUCUGAUCCUCCAAAAAAAACUAGAAAACCUUUUCAAAGAUGAUUUUAAAAAUUUUCACUUCCACUUAUGCCAAUACAAGACAUCCAAGUUUAAACCUAUUUCUCAGGGGAAACUGGAGGGCAAGGACACCAUGGACACCGCUAGGCUAAUGACUGACUAUUAUCAACAUGAGGCUGUAUAUGUCACAAUCGACAUUCUAAAAGACAUCAAUCAGCGUCAACUUGCUAGUGAGCUGGAAAACGAGAUGGGUCCACUGAAGCAGCCACGUCUUUCAGAAGACGUUUUGAAGAGAGAAGCUAACCAGGGUGACAAACUAAAGAACUUGUUAACUUGUGGUUCAAACUCACUGGACAACUAUGAAAGGUUUGUGGUUGUUGUAAACAAGAGCAGUCCUCAACAACAGCAGUAUCUCCAGUUCCUGAGUAAGUUGAAACUGUUCUGUGUGUUAGACUUUGACCCCAACUCUGCUGCUCCUGGUGGACUGUGUCAUUCAUACAGAGAGUCUAGGGUGGCCAAUCUGCAUACACCAGCACAGUAUCAGGGACAGACUGACUUGGUGAUAAAGAAUCUUAACCUUUAUAGACAGACCAGCUGGGUAUUCUGCAAUGGCAGACAUGAUCUCGACAGUGACUCAAAUAAGGAGUUGGAUUAUAAGAACUGGCUGAGGAAAUCUUGCAGAGAUGUAGAGCAGUUAGUUGCGUUGAUCUGCAACCCUGAAGUUCUUCCCCCUGGAAGAAGACUCAUCAUAUUCCUCCUGCUUUCACCUGUGCACAAUGAAAAAGACCCAGUCUUCGAAACCUACAGGGCUUUAAUAAAACACACAGAAGAGGAAAGCAUCAUCACUAUUUGUGAAUCUCGGAGCACAUAUCUGAAAUGGAGGGAGCUGAUACAAGAGAAGUGUGACUUUGAAAUUGAUCGUCUGUCCAUUUAUGAACUAACCCUAAGUGAGAUCAGUGGUACUAUAAUGGCAAUGGGACCACAGAAUCAGUCAUGUGGAAGGCUGCUUCCCUCUUCUGGCUCCAGUGCUGUCAUUCUCAAACAGAAGGAUGAAGAUUGCAUGACUGCUCUGGAUAUCUUAUGUCUGAAUCAGUGUGAAAACAUUUACGAUGAAAACAGUUCAGAGUUUCAAGACUUCAGAGUCAAAGUUGAGGAGGAAUUCUACAGGGGAGGCAAAGUCAAAUGGUGGAACUUCUACUUCUGUGACAAAGACAAAGAAAAGCCUUUUGUCAAAAGAGACAAGUAUGAAACCAUGAAGAAGAUGAUUAGGUCUUUGUCGAAAGAAUCGAAGCCGUGUGAUCUGCUGAAUCUGUUUCACCAUCCAGGAUGUGGCGGCACCACAUUAGCGAUGCAUGUGAUGUGGGAUCUCCGUCAAGAGUUCAGAUGUGCUGUGCUAAAAGACAACACACUCCCAAAGACAGAGGUUGCCGUUCAAGUCAGCAGGCUCAUGAAGCUUGACAGUGAGAAACCAUCCCCGGUUUUACUGUUAGUUGACGAUUCAAAAGAAACUGAGAAUGCUCAUGAUCUUGUUCACUGCAUAUAUAAAGACGCUGUAGUGGACGGCUCAGUCGUAAAUGUGAAUGAUGCACCAAGCUGCAAAGUCAUCGUACUUAACUGUGUUCGUUCCUGUAGCCCAAAGGAGCAGUACCAACGCAUUACAACACCAAGCCAGUACAUCACAGCUUCACUGAAACCAGAAGAACAGAAGGAUUUUGAAAAGAAACUUAAAGAGCUCAAAGAAACUCAUGAAAAACCUGAAAACUUUUACAGCUUCAUGAUCAUGAAGAGCAACUUUGACAAAAAGUACAUAAAUGAUCUUGCUCGUAACACACUGGAGAGCUUUGACUUCAGCACAAAAAAGGCCCAACUGUUUGCCUUUCUGGCCUUGCUGAACACAUAUGCCGCAGAGUCUGAAAUCUCUCUCUCUCUGUGUGAAGACUUUUUUGGGAUGAAAAUGUUUUACUCAGUUGCCUGGAAAGAUGACAGUGUGUUACACAGAAUGGAGCCAUAUUCAAACUUGCUCAUCAUAGACAGAGUAGAAGACUGGGGAGGAUACAAAGCAAUGCGAAUCGUACAUUACUCCAUAGCAGCUGCAUGUCUGGAAGAGUUGGAGAGAAGCUGCUUUUUAAAAGUAAGUGAUAUUGUGAUGGAGAUCCUUCACUGUGAUCUGUUCUUCAGUGUUGGAGUUGUCAAACACAAAUUUGUGCUCUCAAUUCGACAAAUGCUGAUUGAAAGGCAGCGGAAGAAAGAUUCAAAUGAGAGAGAACAGUUUUCUCCUCUCAUAGACAAAAUCCACAGCCAGCAAGGAAGACAAACAGUCCAAGAAAUCCUUGAAAAAGCAUCACCCAGGUUUGAAACAAGUGCAUCUAUUCCUCAGGCACUGGCAAGGUACUUGUACAUCAAUGAGAGGGACUUCCCAGAGGCCGUGAAAUGGGCAGAAAAGGCCAAGAACAUUAAAGAAAACCCAUACACCUUUGACACAAUUGGACAAGUGUACAAAAGCAACCUGAAGUGUAACAUAGAUAAAGAGAAGCAGGAGACCUCACACAAUCCAGAGGACUUGAACACAAACAUGAAGUUAGCACAAAAUGCUAUCCGAGCAUUUAAAAGGGCUCAAGAGCUAGCGAACAUAGAGGAUGGACAUGAUGAAGCAGCAGAUGGGAAUGACUCAGAGGACUAUCCCAAGAAGUCAUACACUGUUUACGGCUAUGUUGGGGUGCUGGAUAUAGCUUCCCUGAUUUUUGAGAUAUUGAGCAGGUUGCCAUUCUUUGAGGAAAGUGAUCCAAUGAAGAAGAAGUACUUGCAGAGUUUUCUGAAGGGAGCAUUGCCAAUCACCAGUGUGUACAUGGAGAACAAUGAGAUCAACAACAGGUACGUGGAGAUCAUCAAAGAACAUGACAAGUUUCUCCUCAGUUUGAAAACUGAGGUAAAAGAAAUAUUCGAUCUUCUUAACUGUUACUUCAUGUAUAUAAAAGGAAACAAUUCAGAAUUUGAUAUCAAGAAUCACUUCACCGUCUGUUCUCAUUUUAAAAAGUACGUUACUCUUUUUUGCUCUGCACCAGAGGAAGUAAACAAAGAAAGACAAAACAAUCCUAAUCUCAAUUUGAAGAUCAACAUUGAAGAACGGAGACUGUUUCUCGAAGAGAAACAGGCAGACACAUUUGCAGGGAUUCUUUACUAUUUGGACAAACCUGCCAAAGAGAUUGAGGAGAUCACAGAAUGCUACGUGUUCUUGCAGCAGCAACAAAAUUUUGUCAACAAAAAACAAAAGACAAAGGAAACCAUCAAUUACAUCUUGUCCAACAUAGUUCUUUACAUUGUGAAACCAAAGUCUAAACAUGUGAAGAGUUACAGCUACCUCUCUGAUCUCCUUUUGAAAACUCUGCAAGAUGUAGGGCUUCAUUACCCCUACCCAGACCCAUACUACCUGGCUCUUCUCCUAUUCUGGCCGAGUCCCACACAGGAAAACAAAGAAAUUGUAACAUAUGUGAAAGCGAUUAGAAAGUCAUACCGCAAGCGCCUGACUUCACUGUUUCCAAACAGGAGCACUGUUGCCCACCUCUACUUGGGGAAAGAAGAGGAACUCAAAAGGCUUGUUUCUAAACCCCAACUGGAUGAGAAUUUUAAGCCGAUGCGCCGUGAUGCCUUGGCACAACUUUGGCGGAGUGGAGAUAUAUUUAGAGACAAGGCAAUCAUUAACCCCCUCCAUCGAGUUACUGGAACUAUUGAGCAAGGAGAGGUGUACGCCAAUUAUGCAAAACUGAAAAUCCCGGUGCGUCCUGCUCUGAUUGGUGGGAUAAGGAGCUGUUACAGCACUGAAAAGGUUUCCUUCUAUGUUGGCUUUGCGAUUAGUGGACCUCUUGCUUAUGACAUUCAGUAUGAAAACUAGGGCAGUUACUUGUACAGACAAGAGCAACGCAGACACCAAGAGCAGCAUGAAAACCAGGUGCUGCAGCCUGAGACUCACUGUGAAGGACUUUCAAACAGUGAAAAGCAGGACACGUGUGGGAAACGCUGUAGCUCUGGCUCUGUGUACAUGUGGUUUUUAUAGAAAGCUUUUUUACAUUUGUCUUGCCAUUCUUAAGAGGUUUUUGUAGUUUUCUUUAUUGUCUGCUGCAGAUAUCACACCAAAAUAGUCAACAAUAAAAAUAAACUUUCUUACUUUUGUGAAGCCAAAGAUGAAGGAGCACUGGAGCUCCCACUUUCCAAUAUAAAACAUGUCUAUCACUCAUUUCUUUUUUGUUUUGACAGUAAAACAUUAUUUAGCUAUUUUAAUGUUGUUUCUUUACAAAGGACAAUGCACAACACAGUGAUUGUGCCUGACAUAACUACAUCACAAGCAAAUGAAAAGAGAUUGUAGAGAGAAAUGCAAAUCCUAUAGUGCUUAUUGUACAGUCCAUGUCUCUUUACAUUUUUA